AUGCAUGGACCGAACCGCACCCCCCCCUACCACACGGGCCAGAUGCAGGCGCAGCACCGCGCGUUUGUGCCCGGGUCGGGCCACAGGGGUCCGUCGCCCACGGCACCCCGCGGUCCGCACCAGGGCGGCUCUCCCAACCUGGGGAUGAACAUGCACUACCCAGGGGCGAUGCAGGGCUACGGCGCGUAUGCCUACGCGCCCGGCCCGGGGUAUGCGCAGCACGGCUGGCAGGCCAAUCUGCAGCAGUACGCCUACUACCCCAACUAUGGCGGGGUGCCGCCGCAGUACCCCAACUACCUUGAUCAGCAGGCGGGGCCAGGGCAGCAGGGCGGCGGGCAGCAGGGCUCGCUGCCACAUGUGCAGCACGGGGUGCUGGUCAUCAAAGACCCGUCGACAAACGAGGCCGUUGAUCUGAGCGAUGUGAAGCCUGCAGCCCCCACCCCAGCAGGCAAUGGAGCCGCAGCCGUGGCAGCGGAGAAGUCAGCAGCAGCAGCACCCAUCGCAGAAACCGCGGCGAGCAGGCCCUCUGCACCUGCAGUGAAGGUUACCAAGUCUGCAGCCGACGAGGUACCCUCAAAUGCUCCUGCUGAGGCUGCGGCAAAGGCAGCAGCACCCCCAGCAGUUUCCAAGCCGGCCGAUGACAAGACCACCAAGCAGGCUGCCAAGGUGGACGUGCCUGUGGCGAAGGAGACAGCGUCCCCAGAGGUUGGCGCAUACCUGUCCGAGGAUCCCGAGGAGGAGAAGGCGCAGAAGGCUUUGAAGUCCAUGCUGAACAAGAUCACUCCCGACAACUUUGACAAGAUCAAGGGACAGAUUGUCGCUCAGAUUGACGAGCGCAAACGAGCUGCUACUCUGCAGAGCUUCAUCGAUCAAAUCUUCGACAAGGCGCUGACAGAGACGAGCUUCUCAGAGUUGUAUGCCAGCCUCGUCAAAGAAUUGAAGGACAAGCUGCCCAGACUCACCGAUGAGAGCGGAGAGGUGGUGGAGUUCCGCCGUGCAUUGCUCAACAAGUGCCAGGAUGAGUUCCAGGAGGGCGUGGUUGCUAUGAAGGCUGUGGCGGAGAGAGAGCUCCGCUCGAAGGACGGCGCUGCACCCGACGAGGAGAAGGAUGAUGCCGAGGAAGGAGAGAUCGAGCACGAGCAGGGCGAGGUGUCCCAGAAGGCAACAGCUCUGGAACUGAAGCGGGCAGAGCGCGCCGCAGCUAAAGCUGAAGUCGAAGCAAGGAAGCGCAUGCUGGGCAACAUCAUUUUCGUUGGGCAGUUGUUCUGCCGCGGUGUGCUGACAGAGAAGGUCAUGCACUCUUGCAUUCAGCAGCUCCUCGACGAGACUGAGAACCCUCGUCCUGAGGACGUGGAGUGUCUGUCCAAGCUGAUGGUCACCGUCGGAAACCUGCUGGACCACUCUGUCAAGAUCCAGAGGAUUCAGACCGAGGGUGGUGGCGAAAGGAAGGCACCCUCCAAGGAGCUCAUGGAUGUAACUCUGGAACUGAAGCGGGCAGAGCGCGCCGCAGCUAAAGCUGAAGUCGAAGCAAGGAAGCGCAUGCUGGGCAACAUCAUUUUCGUUGGGCAGUUGUUCUGCCGCGGUGUGCUGACAGAGAAGGUCAUGCACUCUUGCAUUCAGCAGCUCCUCGACGAGACUGAGAACCCUCGUCCUGAGGACGUGGAGUGUCUGUCCAAGCUGAUGGUCACCGUCGGAAACCUGCUGGACCACUCUGUCAAGAUCCAGAGGAUUCAGACCGAGGGUGGUGGCGAAAGGAAGGCACCCUCCAAGGAGCUCAUGGAUAUGUACUUCCAGCGGAUCGGAUCAUUGGCCCAGAAUGCUGCUCUGGACUCGCGGCACAAGUUCAUGUUGCAGGACAUGGUAGAGCUUCGUCGGAAUAAAUGGGUGCUGCGCAGAAAGGUGAUCGGAGCUUUCCUGCGCACUCUGAGCAAGAUUGAAGGAGCAGAAGCGGCCAAGACUCGAUUGAGCGACAGCGGGUUGAAGCUUGCAGACUACCUUCCUGCUUUUGAGCGGGACAGUGAGGAGGUGUUGCAGAAGGCCGUCGACAAGUUCGAGUUGGCCAACUUGUUGUGA